AACGACUCGCCAUCAAGCGGUAACAGCUGAGCUCUAUGAAAACAUACUAGAGUGUUUGGCCUAAUCAUUCUAGCAUGGAUCAUCCAUCUUACUAUUCGCUAGGUUCAAAGCAACAACACAGAGUCCACUUCAUGCCCUGACCAAAUCACUGUAUUGUAUACCGACAGCAAAUUGGCAUGCUGCAUUGCAGGUACCGAGACCGCCUACCAUAAUCAUGUCGCUCGAUGAUUCUCCCUCUCCAAAUUGGUCAACUCCAAAGGUAAAUGUGGGUGGUCGCCAUGCUUUGUUCUACUUCUCAAAGCCGUGUGAGCAAAUCCACAACCAUCUUUGUCUGGACCAUGACUUGAACGAAAGACAUCCGAAUCCGGUCGUAUGUCGAGUUAACAAAGACUCGAGAUAGUACAGCGCAGCUUUAUAGCACAACAUGUCCUCGAUGAAUUCACGGCCAUGCAGCAAUCAUCUCAUCAGACAUUAGCACAGCCUUCUACCACCAAUUAUGAGUUCACCGCCAGAGCAUCCUGGACAUGAUGAUGAAAGUGGUCUUCCCGUUGGUGGUCGAUGGAUAGGUGGUCAGUUUUUGGGAGGGGGAGGAGACGGCAUAGUCCACGUCUGGUUCAAAACCGACGAAACCAAUACAAUCAUCGAUCGUAUGGUCAUCAAAGAUAUGUGGUCUAAGCAAUCGAGUGUGGAACCAAAGGCCUAUAAAGGUAUCUAUGAGGAGCUGGUGCGCAAGGGACUAGACUUCGGUGUUGAUCCUUCCAGGCCAGGCAAGGCCCGGGCGGAAGAUAGAUUCUUCAAGGAAGCGUACAUACAAGGGUUGUUGACUGACGAGUCUGGGUCAACUUCUGCCAAUACCGUGCCGCUUCGAGGCUUCAAGAAAGGUACAAAUUCUGAUCUCGCCAAGGGGACUCACUGGCGUACCUACAUGGACUGGAUGCACGCUAGUGACCUCGCGAACUUCGUGAGCAGACACAAGCUUCCAGGAGACAACGGUUCCGUUCGUAAACCGAUUCCCGAGGCAUUUAUCUGGUGGACUCUGUCCUGUCUUGCUGAGGCAUUGGUCGAGAUUGAUCGACGUACAAAGGUUCGGCCCAAUGCACGCACUGAGCGAGAUGAAGCGACAGUUUUAGUUGACAUGAAAUUGGCCAACGUACUGCUCGACUCAACAAGAGGUUCCAGAUAUCCAGUAUACCCGAAACCUCUGAUCGCCGACUUUGGAUCCGCGCACAUUACACACAAGGGUGAUCCGCAAAACUACCUCAAAGAGCUGAAGAUUUGUGAUACGACUGGUUACCACCCUCCGGAAUCGGCCGAUUAUGAAGAAUCGGAAGGUCCUGGCGAGUUCCUAGACUCAUGGACCAACGUCUGGCAGACCGGCCGAAUCAUAGAAUCCAUGAUGCGCUUGGACAAUUGCGUGAAGGAGAACGAAUGGGAUGAGGAUGAUGAAGAGGAUCGUGAAUCAGAAAUCAUGACCAACGAGCCCUUCUUCGACUGGUUCCAAGACUUCAAAUACAGCAAAGAACUCAGAGAAAUUGUCUGGCGUUGCCAACGCUGGGAUCCAAAUCUACGACCUACACCCACUCAGAUCGUGGAGUACAUCAACCAACACGAAUCCAACCAUAACGAGGACAUGGACAUCUGGGGAACCGAAGACUGGAUUGCAGAACAGGAACAAGAGUUAGCAAAUUUGACGAAGGAGGAGCGAGAAGACCAUGAUGCAAGAGCGCAAGAGCGUGCUGGUAGGGCAGAACUGAAAUUCUUGCGUUAUUAUCCCGACAGGGAUUUACGUGAGCGAUAUAUUGCUUUGGACAUGGACAUUCCGGAAGGUUGUGAGCUUGCCUAUCAAGGUAAACGUGACACGGGUGCUGCGAUUGGUGAUGUGGUGGCCGAAGAUUCGGAAGAUGAAGAGGAAGAUGACGGAGAUGAAGAGAUGGGAGAGGGGGAAGAUGAGGGAGAGGACGACGACGACGACGACGAUGACAUACCUGAUGCAUUUGACGAGGACGAUGAUGAGUACGAUAGUUAGGUCAAGCACAACCUGAUCAUCGCUGCUUUCCUUUGUAGAUACAACCAAGCUCCAAGCAUUGAUCGUUCUUGCAUCCUAAGUCUCACAUCAUCACGGGGACUCGUCGAAUGUAUCUUUCGCGCACCUGUUAGCCUCGGUAAAAAAUGCAUUUUCAUCUCUGCCCAGAUG